GCUGUCUGCUUUGUGUUGUCAGGCAGAAAGACGUACCAAGCAGGGUGGCGCGUGUCCUGAUUCACAGGCACCCCAACAACGACCAGAAUAAAACAAUAGAUAGUGCUUUUUGCAGUAGUAAGCUAUUAUUUAAAGUUUUUGCUACAAUGUCGGUGGGUCUGGAGUCUGGAUUCUCGAGUGAGGAGGUCUUAAACAGCCGCUUCCCACUCCACCGGGCGUGCAGGGAUGGAGAUGUCGGAGCCCUGUGCUCCCUCCUUCAGCGCACCUCAAACCCGGCUGACCUCUCGGUGGAGGACACCUUUUACGGCUGGACGCCCAUACACUGGGCCGCUCAUUUCGGAAAGCUGGAGUGUGUCAUGCGUCUGGUUCAGGUGGGCUGUGGUGUGAAUGCGGUGACCUCCAGGUUUGCACAGACCCCCACUCACAUUGCUGCGUUUGGGGGCCACCCUCAGUGCUUGUUAUGGCUACUUCAAGCUGGUGCAGAUAUUAACAGACAGGACUAUGUGGGCGAGUCGCCCAUCCACAAGGCUGCUCGUGCAGGCAGUCUGGAGUGUAUCAACACUCUCUUGAUUCAGGGAGCGAAAGCUGAUAUGAGGAAUGCCAGUGGGCUGACGGCUGCCGACCUGGCCCACGCCCAGGGAUUCCAGGAGUGUGCUGAGAUUCUCUCCAAUGCCCAGAACUUCCAACAAAACAUGGCCCAGUCCCACAACGGGACAUUUCUGAAUGGCAUGACCCAGAAUGGGGGCUACGCUCGCCCCACUAUCCAGGGACGCAGCUUCUUGAAUGGCAUGCCCAACAGAAAGAGGUCUUUUGAUGGCAUGGAAGCAAACCCAGGGAAGAAAGCUAGACCUAAUGGUCUGGGCAUGCCGACAGAAUUGCGGAAUGGGAAUGGGCCACUGGGUGGUGCUGGAGAAGCCCAGAUGGAAACCAUGAACCUGGAGUCGACUGUAACCUCAGUGGCAGGUGAGAGACACUGUGGGGACUUUUCCUCAAAUGGUCACAAUCCACCACAGCCUUCAUUUGGGUAUGAGCCUGCGGCAGAAAUCCUCCACGGCCAGCUCCUCUACAGCGACUCCUCUGAGAGCGGCAGCAACGCAGGCAGCCAGGUGGAGCACCAGAAGUCUGUGAAAGCGGAGCAGCUGUACGACCAUGCCUUCUUCACCACCAUGCUCCUUUACCACGGAUCCUAAAGUAGAAAAGAUCUUGUUGACAGGCUGUCCUCUUUUGCCUGAAUGUCAUAUAAGCCUAAAAAAAAAGUGUUAAUUUGCCUUAAAGCCAUUGAGUGGUGCAGUAAUUCAUUGAAUGUUUUGUUUUUGGAAAGGGCCGGCCCAUAGUUGUGGAUGGACUGAUAUAUUAUUGAUUGUUGAUGAAGUGGAUUUUGUAGUUUGUGCUGUUAAAGAGAAAGUGUUUUUGUUUAUAAUUUACGUUUAAUUCAGCUGUAAAUAGCCUUGUUGUAAUAUACUCUAAACUCAGCAUUAACUAGCCACUGACAAUACUUACAUUUUGUUUGUGUCAAGUGGGAGUGUGGGGGGUCCCUGCCUCUUGAUGUUAUGAAAAAACAUUGACUUCAUCCCAUGUUACUCAUAAAGAAUUAAAAACAGGUUUUGCAAAAGUUAAA